AUGCGACCGACGAGCCUCAGGGCCGCUGCCAUUCGAUGGGUGGAGACAAAGGCUGCUGAGCUGCACGGCGUUUCCGUGCUUGGCUCCUCUCCUGCUUUGGUCUGGGCGCACGGCCUGGGAGGCAGCUGCGAGGCUGACAACGCCCGUGGCCUGCAGCAUAUCUUGAACCCUGCCAAGCUUGGCAAUCGAACAGUUCUCCGCCUGGACUUGCGCGGCCAUGGGCGUUCAGCGGACGCGCACGACCCUGCAAGGGGCUUUGAGCAGUACACUUGGCCGGAGCUGGCCAAGGAUCUGAGGCGAGCUGCAGCAGAGUCCGUCUCUCGGUGCUUCUACGGCGGCGAGGGCUUGGGAGCGGCCGUGGCUUUGCACGCAGCAGUUGCCGCCACAGCCACGGGCUCCGUGGACGCCCCGCCGGGCCUGGUGCUGAUGCGGCCACCAAAGGCUCUGUCGCAGGUUGCUCGGGGCGAGGUAGAUACCGCAUGGCAGGAAAAUCUACGACGCUUCGCUUCGCUGCUAGAGAGUCAAGGCUUUGAGGCCCUGGAGGGGCAGGAGAGGGAGGAUGCGCAGCCUCUGCUUAAUGGCGCUUCAGCGCUUUUCGUGGAGCCAGCUGGGGUCACUGGACUCUGUACGAAGCUCACUUUGUUCGAUGCGACGUACCAUGGGACAGGCCUGGGAGGGCUGACCCCUGGCUGUCCGGUACUCCUCCUGGCCGUGGCCGGAGAUGCGGAACAUCCAGUCCAGGCAGCGGAGGAACUUGCAAAGGCCCUGCCAGAUGCCGAUUUGGAGGCAGCCUCCGGGCAGCAGGAGCUCUUGAAGCAUUGCAGCAUGACUUGCCGUGAGGUCGCUACUGACCUUGCGUGUCUCUGCUGCAAUGUCGACCAGGCAAAGCCACAAGGUCUCUUCAGGAAGCCAAAUCAAGAGAACACCUGCAGCGUGACCGACCUACCCUUCAACUGGGAAAACUUGUCUGAGGAACAAGUCCAGACGAGUGGGCAAGAACAUUUUCCCAAUUGUCUGGCCAAGGCAAGCACGAGCCGCAUGGGCCGAGCGCAUCAAUGGUUUCCUUCGUAA